AUGAAGGUGAAAUUUGUUAUCCCCCUUUUGAUAAUCUUAUGGUUGUCUAAGAAGAUUACUUCUCUUCCUCCUGAAUCUCGAGGACUCGAUCGUCGUAGUUUUCCUGAUAACUUUGUUUUUGGAACUGCUGCAUCUGCUUUUCAGUACGAAGGUGCAACAAGUGAAGGUGGAAAAUCGCCAAGUAUAUGGGAUUACUUCAGCCACACUUUUCCAGAAAGAACCAAUAUGCAGAAUGGAGACGUGGCGGUCGAUUUUUACCAUCGUUAUAAGAAUGAUAUCAAGUUGAUGAAAGAGCUAGAUAUGGACGCUUUCAGAUUUUCGAUUUCAUGGGCUAGAUUAAUACCCAGUGGGAAGGUAAAGGAUGGAGUAAACAAAGAAGGCGUAAAAUUCUACAAUGCUCUCAUUGACGAGCUUAUUGCUAAUGGCAUUCAACCUUCUAUGUCUCUCUAUCAUUGGGAUCAUCCUCAAGCUCUCGAGGAUGAGUAUGGUGGUUUUCUAAGCCCUCAAAUGAUAGAAGAUUUUCGAGAUUUUUCAAGAGUAUGUUUUGAAGAAUUUGGAGACAGAGUUAGGAUGUGGACAACUAUAAAUGAGCCUUACAUUAUAACUGUUGCGGGUUACGAUACUGGCAACAAAGCAGUUGGGCGUUGCUCGAAAUGGGUGAAUAGUCAGUGCCAAGCCGGUGACUCCGCUACCGAGCCUUACAUUGCAUCACAUCACCUUCUUCUUGCUCAUGCCGCAGCUGUACAAGAGUUCCGAAAAUGUAACAAGACUUCACAAGACGGUCAGAUUGGGAUAGUGUUAUCACCGUUGUGGUUUGAGCCUUACUCUACUUCUCCUGAAGAUAACGAAGCUGUUAAAAGAGCUCUUGCCAUUGAACUAGAUUGGCACUUAGAUCCAGUUAUCCACGGAGAUUAUCCAGAAAUACUGAAGAAACAACUCGGAAAUAGAUUACCAUCUUUCACUGCAGAACAAUCCAAAAUGUUAAAAAACUCAUCGGAUUUUAUUGGACUAAACUAUUAUACUGGACGCUACAUUGCUCAUCUUCCUUACGUUGACCCUGCACGACCUCGAUUCAACACUGAUCAACAGCUAGAAUGGAGAGUAACAAAUCACAGUAAUCACCAAAUAGGACCAGAGGAAGAUCGAGGCAUACUCUACUCAGUACCAGAAGGUUUACGAAAAGUUCUAAACUACAUCAAAGAUAGAUACAAUAACCCUACAGUCUACAUAAAAGAGAACGGAAUUAAUGACUACGACGACGGUACAAAAUCACGAGAGGAGAUUCUCAAUGACACUUUUAGGAUAAAGUACCAUGAGGACCAUCUCCAACAACUCCAAAAGGCUAUAAUGUAAAAUACCAGUCUAGUUAUUUAAAACGUGUCCGAUUGGCUUCGAAACAAAAAUUUGUGUAUAUUAAAUUGG